AUGGACUGGCGACUACUCGACUACGCCAAGGAAGCUGAGGAGACCGCAACGGGCCUACUCUCCUUCGAGAGUGAGAUCCCCCAAUAUCGCAAAGACGUCAGAAGCCAUAUCGCAGAGUUGUUUGCCAUAUCGCACGCUCUACUCGAGCUGAACGAGGCGCUGGAGUCGUCCCGCUAUGGCAGAUAUGCAGGCUUCAUACGAACGGACCUGGAGGUUUGCCUCCCGAGCUUAGGACACACGCUUGACGAUGUUCAAGAAAUAUUCACCAGGUCCAAGAAGAGCAGGCACGCUGCGCCCGGUGCUUUCCCCGGCACACCACCGUACGCACUCAUCUGGGAAGAUGCGCUUACGGAUUUCACGGCGGAAGGCAUGUCUUUACCCAAAAGAUUCGAGAUUGUUAGGACAUAUCUACAGUGCAUGCACGACGCUCUGAAGGGAAACGAGGAUGAGGCCGCAUUGGCUAAAUUCAAAGUCACGCUAUCCAGGCUGCUCAAGAAACAAAAGCCAACGCCGAUUGAAUCUUACUUCAUGCCAGAAAUCCCUCAGUCGCCCACGUAUUCGUCCGCAUCAUCACAGGCCUACUCGAACCAGUCGACGGAUUCAGAGCCAGUCGCUCAUUGGGCAAUGAAGAUCUUCGAUGGACGACACGGCUCUACACCAUCUCAAAGCCCCUCGGAGCCUACUGAGUGCUUCGGGAGAGAUGAACCAAGAGUGAUUGAGCUGUUAGACACCGAUGGCUUUGAAAGGAUUCUAGAACUGCCAUUCGAAGCAACUGAGGUCUGGAUAAGAAUUUACUGGAGGGCCGACGACAACCGUGCACGAAUACUCUUCCUUACUACGGAUCACAAUGGCAACCGUGUGAGGUACCAGGUUCCAAUCACUGCAUUAGCAGUACGGCGCGCAGGAUCGUGCUUGCAGCUCUGUCGCAUCAAUCGCCAAGAUGGUCAACUUGACCUGUGGGCUAGACUGCGCUUCCCUCUAUACGAACCUAUGAAGCGCCAGGACCACACUCCCAUUGCAGAGGGGCUCGAAGAUGUUUUCCUGCCAGGAGAAAGGAUUAUGUUCGCAGGCGAGACCGUUGACGGCAAGUAUCUCCACGUCUUCCGCGUCAAAUACGAUACGGACUCGGGCUGUGUACGGUUCGAAGCCACUGCUCGUCGCGGGCCUAUGAAGGACAUACCUAUCUGGACGGCGUUCGUCACGCCAUAUGUCGGACGCGGUGACUGGAUGAAGCGCGUCGGUCCAGAAACAAUCCAGUUCGAGAAGCUGCAUCCGUAUGUCUUCAGUGAUAGCUACAGGCUACCCAAAGGCCCUACGGGCAAGUACCGGUUGAGCUUUACUUCACCAGAAGGUAUUUGA